AUGGAACCAACUUCGGAUAAUGAGAAACUUUUCAGACCAUCCUAUAUUGCUAGUGCUGAGCCACUGCAAAGAACAGGACCAGUAAGUGUGGAAGAUAUCAAAACAGAUCUCUCUGCUGAAUUUUCUCUUAUUUCUUCAAGUUCGGACACAAGCCAGAGGAGCUGUUUGGAGUCUAAAGGACACAUACAAGUUUGCCUGCGUAUUAGGCCAUUUACAUCAUUGGAAAGAGAAAAUGAACUGCAGAACUGCGUUUCGCUUGAAGACUCAACAAGCAUCAUACUGAAGCCUCCCAAAAACUCUUUGAGUCGACUUAGUGAAAAAGCUGCUGGACAGAUGAUGCAGAAGUUCACUUUUUCACGAGUGUUCGGACCUGAAACAACUCAAGAAGAAUUCUUUGAAGGUACCAUGAAGCAACCAGUGCAAGAUUUCUUAGACGGAUAUAAUCGUCUUAUUUUUACAUAUGGCGUUACAAAUGCUGGGAAAACCUACACAUUCCAAGGGACAGAAGAUGACAUUGGUAUUCUGCCAAGGACUAUGGAUAUGUUGUUUAAAAGUAUUCAAGGAAAGCUAUAUGCAGCAAUGGAUCUCAAACCCUAUCGGUGUAGAGAUUAUAUAAAGCUGACCGAAGACCAAGUGAGAGAAGAAGCUGCUAUUAAGAAUUCAAUACUUCGCCUAACAAAAGAGAUCACUGUUGAGCAGUCCAGAAAUUCACUUCAGCCUAUAUUGACUUGUAAUAUUUUGUACUUGGCAGAUUUGGAAGAACUGUUAAAAGACUCCGAACAAUCUAGCACAACUGUGAAAAAUUACAUGAAGUUUUCUGUUUGGGUUUCAUUUUGCGAGAUUUACAAUGAAUGUUUUUAUGAUCUACUGAUUCCUAUAUCACAUGACAAGAAAAGAAAAACGCUACGCCUUGCUCAAGACAUCAAGGGAUGUUCUUAUGUAAAAGAUCUGCAGUGGGUUCAGAUUUCUGAUUCUAAAGAAGCUUUUAGACUUCUAAAACUGGGUUUGAAACACCAGAGUAUUGCAAGCACGAAACUAAAUACUUGCUCCAGCAGAAGUCACAGCAUAUUCACAGUUAAGAUACUAAAAAUUGAAGAUUCAGGAGCACCACGCGUGACCCAAGUCAACGAAUUGUCGAUGUGUGAUCUUGCUGGUUCAGAAAGAUAUACGAAGACCCACAAUGAAGGUGAUAGAUUGAAAGAGAGUGGAAAUAUAAACACCUCUCUUCUGAUUCUAGGCAAGUGUAUUAACGCACUCAAGAACUGUCAACAGUCAAAGUUGCAGCAGCACAUACCGUUUCGGGAAAGUAAGUUAACUCAUUUCCUUCAAGGAUUCUUCAGUGGAAAGGGGAAGGUAUACAUGAUAGUGAACAUAAGCCAAUGUGCUUCAACAUAUGAUGAAACACUCAAUGUGCUAAAGUUCUCGGCCAUUGCACAAAAAGUUUUGGUUAUGGACACGUCUAUUCUUCCCCAAGAUCAGUCAUUUGGCCAGAAAUCAGCCAAAGAAUCAUCGCUACUUAGUGAUGCUACAAUGCCAAUCCCAAGGAAAAGAGCUACUAUCCUAUGGGACAGGACCUUAGAAGAUGUCAUUGAAGAUGAUGAGGCAGAGGAACAGCAUAAUAUGGCAAGAGAAGAAGCAGAGCAGAAACACGAAGAAAAUGAAGUUCUUAUUGGAAAAGAAAAAUAUAUGGCACUGCUGAAUCUCAUAGAGUUGUUGAAGAACAAACUUAUUGCUGAAAAGAGGAAUAAGUUACUGCUGGAACUAAAGAUUCGUGAAGAAGUGACACAAGAAUUUACCCAAUAUUUUGCUGAGCAGGAAACAGAUUUCAAAGAGUGCCUUUCUCAUGAACGAGAACGGCUUGCAGAAAAUUCUGAAAGACGCCUGGAAAUCUUCAAGGAACUUGUAAAUGGUUAUACUAAAAAUGCAGAAGAAGAAAAUAAGUUAAAAGUUCAGCCUUGCAGUGAACAAGCUGGACCUCUGGGUGAAGAAUAUAGCAUAGGGCCAGGAACCUACAUUGGUCUUCAGGGCUUUAUUGAUUCUCUGCAGCAUGAUGUCACUGAUAUCAAAAAGCAGGCAGAAGAAGCAUACAGGUACAUUGUGUCCUUAGAGGACCCACAGGAAGCUAUAGGCUGGCUUGAAAAACAACUGGGAAAAAUUACCACUGAACUAAUUCAGACCAAAGAAGACCUGACAAAGAAAAACAAUGAACACUUUGAAAUGCAGAUGAUUAAAUUGGAUGAGUCUGCUGAGCAGCUUAAAGAAGCGACUGAGAAAAUGAAUACACAAAAUAAAAGGAUUCAAGAACUAAUGGACAUUGUGGAGCAAAAAGAUGAUAUUAUUAUGAGACUACAAGAUUUGAUAUCCAGUUUAGAAGAAACUAUAAAAGACUAUGACAACACUGUAACUACUAUUAAAAGAAGAUUGGCAGAAAAGAGCUCUAACAGAGUGAUUGACAGCAACCAACUCAAGGAUUGUGAGAAAAUGGUAUUGGAAGCGGGAAGAAAACGUUGCUUUGAAAACAAGCCUGCUGUGGAAGAAGAGCCACCUACAAAGAAAGGAGAUAUGAAGGACAGUUGGAAAGAUGACUCUCUAGAACAAAAGAGGAGUGAAUACGUGAAAACAAACACUUACAAGAACUCUGCAGAAAUACUAGCACUGAAGGAAAGAACUGAAACCUUGGAAGGUCAGGUAGCUGCACUUGAAGAGCAAUGCAGAAGAGAAAAAAACAAAAAAGAGGAGUUCAGUGGGCAGAUAACAAACUUGCAUCUCAAGCUCUCUGCUUCUGAAGAAAGGGCUUCUGGCUUAAGUGAAGAACUUCGACAGUGUCGAGCUGGCUAUCAGGAGAUUGUUUCUGAAUUGGACAAACAGAAAGCUGUAAAUAGGGAACAAGAAGAAAAGAUUAUUCAGCUAAAUAAUGAAGUAGAAUGUGCCAAACAAAAUAUAAUUGAUAAAGUGUCACAAAUUAAAACAAUGCAGUCCAAAGCAGAUGAGUUGUAUAAAUGUCACUUAGAGUCUUAUGCUACGGAUAUUGAUCUAGUUAAUCUAAAGAAUUCCUUAGACUCUCAAAAAGAUGAACCAGAGAGCACUCAUUUGAGUCCUGUGUGCGUGCAGUCCCAAACUGCUGCUACAGCAGGUCUGAGACAAGAGAGCUCCUUUCACUGCAGCGUUGAGAGCAUUUGGGAAGAAUGCAAAAAUAUUAUUAAGAUUUCUUCACAAAAAAGUCAGCAGAUUCAUGAACUACUUCAACAAGUUGCAGACUUAAAGAGGGGACUUGAUGACACUGAGAACUAUAAUAAUCAACUAAAAAUAAAAUUAAAUGAGAUUGAAAAUCAAGAUCAUCAGUCCAUAAAGGAAAAAGAUCUUAUGAAUCAGUUACAAGAGCAAAUCCAGAAGAAAACCCAAGAUUUUGAAAAACAGGCUGCAGAAGAUCACAGAGUAAUUGCACAGUUUGAGGAGGAUGUUACCAGCUACAAGGGAAAAAUAAGAGAGCUUGAAUGUCUCUUGGAGGCUUUUAGAGCUAAAGAUAACAGCAUAACAAAGUUAGAAGAAGUACUUAAAGAAAAAGAAUCUAUUAUUUUAAAUCUAGAAAGUGAUACAGUGGCUCUGCAAGAGAAAUGUGCCAAUUCAGACAAAAAACUGAAAGAAUUAAAUGGUCAAGAAGCAAAUCUGAAGGAGGAAGUUGUGCGGCUGAUGAACAGCUUGGAGAACAUGAAGCACUCUCUUCAGGAAAAGGAGAAAAAUGAGAAUGAGCAAAUACGAUCUAUAGAAUUGCUACGUAAAGAUCUUUCUGAGAGCUCUGGCCUUGUACAGAGUUUGAAAAAAGAUUUGCAGUGGAAAGAGGAAGAAUAUACAGAUUUGAAAGAGAAAUUUUCUGAUGCCAAGAAACAAAUUCAGCAAGUACAAAAAGAG